AUGAUAUAAAAGAAUUCAUAAAUUUACAGUCUAGAACAUUUUUUAAGCUCUUCACAUUAAUAGUUUUAGGAUCUCCUUAUUGAUCUGAAAAAUUGCGGUAAAUAGCUUGGUGAUGAAGAUGCAUCAAAUUUAGGUUCUGGAUUAGGAAAGUGCAUUAAUCUCUCAAAUUUGAGACUUUUUCUUUAGUCUAAUAAAAUUAGUGCAAUUGGUGGAUCAGCCUUAGGUUCUGGUUUAGGAAAAUGCACUAAUCUCUCAAAUUUGAUACUUCAUCUUUCGUUUAAUUCAAUUGGUGAAGAAGGCACAUCAGGCUUAGGUUCUGGUUUAGGAAAGUGCACUAAUCUCUCAAAUUUGACACUCCAUCUCUCUGGAAAUUAAAUUGGUGAUGAAGGUGCUUCAGGAUUAGGUUUUGGUUUAGGAAAUUGCACUCGUCUCUCAAAUUUGACACUUCAUCUUUCGUCUAAUAAAAUUGGUGCAAUUGGUGGAUCAGACUUAGGUUCUGGAUUAGGAAAGUGUACUAAUCUCUCAUAUUUGAUACUUCAUCUUUCGUCUAAUAAAAUUGGUUCAACUGGUGCUUCAGGUUUAGGUUCUGGUUUAGGAAAGUGCACUAAUCUCUUAAAUUUUACACUUGAUUUAAGGUUUAAUAAAAUUGGUACAAGUGGUGCAUCAGGCUUUAGUUUUGGUUUAGGAAAGUGCACUAAUCUCUAAAAUUUGGCACUUUAUCUUUCUAACAACCAAAUCUAUAGAUCAAAAUAAUUGAAAAUUAAUUGUUUCAAGUCAAUAAGAUUAGUUGCCUUAAAAUUAGAAAGUUGA